AUGGACCUGAACGUCGUCAUCCUCACCUUGCAAUACUCCUACUUGAUCAGCUCGCUGGUAGCUUUGCACAACUCUCAAACUGGUCUCUGGCAGAACCAUAAUGAGUGUUCGCAGACUCUUCUUCCUUACUCUAUCUUGAGUAAACAUCGUCUGGAUAUCCACAUCAUUGAUAACAUGGUGAAGUUGAGAGAAACCACCAUGAUGUUGAACCAUAAUGGCAUCGGUGCAGAAAACCACAUCAAGCUCAUCGAACCGCAACUCAACAACCAGCUCAUAACGGUGAGUAUCAACGGAAAUGAGACAUUCAUUAACAACUCUCGCACAGAGAUUUUGAAGGCUUACCACCAGGUGAACUUCAGACAGAUCUCCUUGACUGCUUCCAUGGUUGAGCGUACAGAUCCAAUAUUUCUUCAGAAGCUCGAUAUCAUUGCCAAAAGACGCAAUGUUGAGAUUCUCAUCGACAACAUUGACACGGACUUCAAUGGCCCGGCCCAGAGAAGCCCUAUAACUUCCAUUUUUGUUUUGGGAGCCACCGAUGACUUAAACUUGGCCGAGACAGAAGUGAGAGUAUUGGUUGACCUGAUGCUUGAUGAAUGUUUCGUGGACCGUAUCACCCUUCCCUUGUCGCUUAUUCCUAGCUUGGGAGGCUCUAAAUUGGCCAACUUCUCUGAGAUCGCCAACCAGCUGAACAUCAACAUUUACUUACCAUAUCUCAUGCCACAUGUGUCUCACUCUGCAACACUUGACGAUAACGACAACAUGUCUAUUUGGCUAACCAGCAAGAGCAUCCCAGAGAUUCUCUUCUCUAAGAAUAUCAUCACCAGCUUGAUUGCUGCCGUGGAUCCAAGAGCAAACGCGGAGACAAAGUUAUUCACCCAAGAAAUUGAGCUUUCCAAAGAAAAACUUGAUUUAAUAUCCUUGUAUCACCAAAAUGACGUUUUGAGUAUUAUGCUCAAGUACGGAACUUUCAUCCAAAUUCCCAGCCUUGGAGAGGCCAGGAACAACAAAAUCAUCGUCCAAGGUCAGAGCAAAGAGGCAGUAUGGGAAACAGCCAUGGAAGUGAGUGGCUUAGGCACUCGUUUCUAUAGCUUGGAUAUCAAGUUCCUGAAGGGCCCCACUUCCGCAGAUUUUGAGUACUACUUGAUCAAUCUCAUCAACCUCAAGAAAACAUGCGUACUUACAUACAAUGGCAACGGUAUGAACAUCGUGGGAAGCAAAAACGAUAUCAAAAUCUUGCUCGACCACUUGGUUUCCGAUUUACAAUCCAGCAUGUACUUUACGGACUUCAUGAACGAAUGCAAUACGAAGUUCCAAAUGGUGUUGGGAAUGGAGCUUGGUAACCACCACAAGGAGUUUUUCUCUGGAAAGAAGAAUGGCAAGAUCAUCAAGAUCUUGAACCAGUUGAACCAUAUACCUACCAUUAAGUUCAAGUACUUAAACAACUACAACUUCUUGAUCAACACUAGCAUCAAGGUUGGAGGAACUGGAGUUAAGAAUAAGCAUAUUCUGUCUAUCUUUGAUCUUCUCGUGAAGAGUGUCAACUUGGUUGAAUUGGAAUUGCCUGCCGAAAUGCAAUUCAAUAUCCCUGAGGUUUUCCACAAAAGUAUUAUUGGUAAUGGAGGCCAAAUAAUCCAAUCCAUCAUGAAGAAGUACAACGUUUUCAUCAAAUUCUCCAGCUCAUCACAUUCUACCAAAAAGAAACCCGAUGACGUCGAGAAGGAAAGAAUGUUGUAUAUGUUCAAGAGGAACAAUAACGUGUUGAUCAAGUGUCCUAUGAAGAACCUGAAGAGCAUCUUGUUUGUCAAGUACGAGCUCGACCAGUUGGUAAGUCAGUGUUGCCAGAACAAAUGUCCCUCUCUGAACGGAAUUGCUGCUACAUACAACACCGCCGACUUCAAGUUGCUCAAAAGUCACUACUUAUUGCUCAACAAGAAGAACAAUUUUGACCUCAGCUUUGUCAGCGACUUAGAGGCAGAAUAUAACACUUACAUUGACUUCCCCAUGUCUUUGCAAGAUUUCCAAUCGAGCUCUCGUAAUGUCACCAUAAAGGGAAAUGACUACAAGACUAAGCAAUGUGCGCAGAAACUUGCUGAGAUGAUUCCUAAAUCUUACGAAUUCCAAUUGACUUACUGUCCUGGCAAGUUUGAUGAGCUCAUAAAUGAGCACAACCCUACCUUCAGAGAGAAGGUAGUCAUUCCUUUCAGGCUCCUUUUAAAUACGGAAAUUGUCACUAACUUGGUUGCUGGACUGGUCGUCCUGCAAGCUAGUUCGUAUCACCAGAUCAUCUUGAGUUCUUACGAUGACGGCAAUUUGAGGAAGGCUGUUUCGGAGUUAACAUCUUAUCUCCGGGAAAAGAGAUUCUUGAUUCUUGAUAAGAAGGACAUGGAUUUUGAGCCCAUCACAAUCCAGAAUGAGGUUUACUCACCAUCCAAAGUACCUCUAUCUCCUGUGAGAAAUGCUUCACCAACGAAGUUCAACAACAGAUCGCCUACAAGAUCUCCCACAAGAUCAACUCAGUCUCCUACGCGGUCACCUGCUAAAUCACCCACCAAGUCGCCAUCAAAACAGCCCUUGCAAACCAUCACUAACAAUUCCGGCGUGAACAACAAGAAGAAUGUCCCAUUGAUUGGUCUGACACCAUUUCCAGCAUUAACCAUCCCCAAUUUCGGAUGGUAA